AUGUCGAUGUACAUCUCCCUCGGCCUCUCCAGUCUUCUGGUAGUGCUCGGUGCAACUCAGAGGGCGUCUUCCCACGAGGACCGCCCCGUAGUGCCUGAAAUACCCCUACACAUCCGACAGCUGCUGCGCAACGUCACCAGCUAUGAGGAGCUGAAGACAACCUUCAACUUGGACAUCUUCUCCGCCGCGGAUGACCGGUUCUCGCUGACGGGCCCCCCGCCGUGCAUCCCCCGGGAGGUGCCGGUGCCAGUGCCGGUGGACGCCGAGCCUAACGUGGUCCUGUGGCCGUCCUGUGUCUCCGUGGCCCGGUGUGGAGGCUGUUGUAACAGCGACUUGUACGAGUGCCAAGCCACCAGGUCGAGUUCACAAGUGUCUUCGAUUUUGAAGCUGUUCUAUGCCCCAGGAAACCCGAACUCGCAGCCUUUCAACACCGCCUUCGACCAAGUGCACGUUGAACGUCACGAUGAGUGCGCAUGCGUCUGCAAGAAUAAACGCCUCUGUGACCUGAGAACCCAUUUUUUCGACGACAACACGUGCGAGUGUGUGUGCCGUGUUCGUGGAGGGUGCAGUGUCAGUGCCGUGUCAGACAACCUCUGUAACCGUCAGUGCUCCGCUGGGUUUAGGCUUGACGAAGACUCCUGUCGGUGCCGUGUGGACGGAGGAGCGCUCUUCGGUGGUUUGGGACGUCGGCGAAGACGGACGGAACCAUAACCAGCCCCCUGACUGCAAUCACAAGUAUACCGUUAGGUGUCAGAGCGGCUACGUUUGGUAUUCGCAAUUACAAAUAUAACGAGUCCCUGUGUGUGUGUGGCAACAGUACGGAAAGAUUUUUUUACUAACCAUUUAAUGUUUUGCACUUAUUCAUCAACCUGACAAUAAUGAUGAUGAUGAUGAAAGACCUUUAUUGUACAUUCAUGCCACGACGGGCUAGGUACAUGUCAACGCAUAACAAACGUAUAUAGAAAAGUGGAGACAAAAGAUACACUACUUGACUUAGACAUACAUACGUAAGGAACAUACAAGGGUACUAUACUAGGCUAAUACAAAGUGUUCUAGUUACUGAGCUAAUACAGAGUGGUCAACUUCUUCUCGCUUUUUUGUACAAUGGGAACAGAUCAUGUUUGUGAUACAGGGUUUGUCUAGACGCAUCAAAAAUGUAAAUUUAUAGUUUGCAUUUAGGUGUGCGAAGUUUGGGAACUUCUCUUUGAUAUGAUUAAAAAGCACAUCUUUCAUCAGAAUAUAAAGUACAGUCUAAUGUUACAGUAUUGACAGAGUCUGUUCUGGAGAGGAAUGCGGUUGUGCCUUCCCGUUUCUAUGCGUAAUUUGUGGCAACUUAUUCGGAGUUAAGUUGCAGCUACCCGGUGUUAUAUGCUGUCACUACUAGUGAAACAAGUUUGUGAUCGACUGUAUCGUCCAGGUAGAAAAGUUGUUAGGUCUUAAAAGAUAUCCAAUAGUGUGGCGAGACUGAAAUCGUUGUGGUUUCGAAUUUGAUAUUUACUUUUCAGCAGUAUGUUACGCAAACAUAUGUGUUUCCCAGUCUAUUCAUGUAUUUCAUUCCUUUGUAAGUAAUGCCUAUAUUUUCUGCGAUGUAAAUACUAGUACCAGCAAGUCUUGGUGUCCGAGUUUUUGACAUCAUAAUGAGCAGUGGAAUCAAGGAGAUAGUACUAGUAUUUGUAUAAGACUUUCUGUGAUUUGAUUAGAAUUUGUGUGUCUAAACUCUCUUCUUGGCUUUGAAAUACGAUAAAACUGCGUCCGACCUUCAAAAAGAAUAAAGACAAUGAUUUGCAAAAA